AUGAAAGGUUUAUUCCGGCACAAGACUAGUGCUGAUAUUACUGUGGCGGUGUUAUUGGCGUGGGUUGAUCGAUGGCAAAACUGUAGAAUUCACCACUCUGUUGUUGGUCUUCGGUCUUUCAUUUCACAGGGUGCAAUCAUAGAGGAUACCUUACUGAUGGGAGCAGAUUAUUACGAGACUGAGGCUGACAGAAAGUUUCUAGCUGAAAAGGGGAGUGUUCCAAUUGGUAUAAGAAAGAAUUCGUACAUCAAGAAAGCCAUUAUUGACAAUAAUGCUCGAAUUGGUGACGAUGUGAAGAUCAUUAACAACGACAAUGUGCAAGAAGCUGCAAAGGAAACGAAUGGAUAUUUCAUACAGAGUGGUAUUGUAAUGAUAGUAAAGGAUGCCUUGAUUCCUAGUGCAAUUUCAGAUCAUUAA